GAAUUAAUGACAAUUUUCUUCUAGGACAUAAUUUUCUUGAGCUAAGCAAUUUCACAAAAACAAUUUCGUUUAGAUGAACCAGAUGUUUCCAGUCUUAUCAGAUGGUGAUUUUUUCCAAAAAAAAUGAAGAGUGUUAACUAUUUGUGUUAUUAACUUCAUUUGAUUGCAGGCGACUGCAUAAAAUAUGAAAAAAAUUAAAUAAAAAACCGGCGUAUGUGUGGAAACUCUGAGAAGAACAUCUAGCUUUUCAGAAGAGCAUAUUUAUAUUUUUGGUGUGGGUCAAGGACUUUUUUGGAUGUAGGUUCUUAAUAUUUUUUCUACCCGGUCAAGAUUUGAACUCGAGAUUUUCAUGAGUCAAUGAGUUCACCGAGUCGAGCGACUAACUCGGAAGUUUAUUCUUUAGCGGUCACCCCGUAUAAGCACCUGGCAAUGUUGGCGGUGCCCUGGCACUCUCUCUCCUCCCACUGCCAACCGAUUCCACAAGAAUAGAGAGGGAGAAGACACGAUGCCGUCGACUUGGUUCUUGCUCGAUGCCACUCAUGCACUCGUGCAGUUUUAUAGAGUUUGUGUUCAACCGAGCCUCUUAUAUUUUCCUCUUCCCUCACAUUUUCCACUCAACUCCUCUCCCUCUCUACCCUUGUACCUACAAAAGCCGCUCCAAGCCUCGAAAUUCUGCAAUUUCACAAAUUCCGUUAUUCCUGAAAAUUUCCAAUUCCUCAUCUUUUAUUUCCAAUUUUAUAAUAAUAAAAUAACGGAAUGAAAAGUUCAAUUACUCACAGGAAUUUCAUAGUCUCCUUUUGAAAGAUUAAAAAUUGAAAGUUGUAAUCCCAGGUGCCUUCAGCUCGAGUUCGGUCCAUUUUGGUGUUUCGUGUCGUGCGGUAAACAACACCAACAUCUACAUUCAUCACAAAUUAUCUAAAUUAAAAAACAACACACGCUGCCGACAUUUAAUAUUACUAUUGUGAGAAAUGUGAUGCUAGUUUAGCUACCGUAAUCCAUUCAAGUGUCAGUGAUCCCCAGUGAAUCCAGGUGUUUUUUUUUUGUUAAACUCUGUUGUAUUUACUCAAUUAUUUCUUGUUGUUUAACGUCUCCUCAUCUUUUAACUUCUCCUCUGGUUUUUGAUGUUAAUACUGUAUUUAUACCUCGGUACUUGCUUGAGCAUCGUGCACAGUGAACGUACUAUAUUAUUAUUUUCUGGUUGAAAAAGGAAGAAACGAAAGAGAGAAAAGAAGAGAAGUGCAUUCUCCGUACCGGGCAUUUCAGUUGAGCGAUGGCCUUGAGGCUGCGCACCAGCCAAGAUGUCAAAAAAAGUUCGUACUACGUGUGGUACCUCGGUGCCAGAGAAGCAAAAGGUGUGGAUGCAAUGCCCAGUGCCAUAGCCUAUCUCCUGGAACGUGAACGACUUCAAGAGCCUUUCAAGGUCACACUCCAGGUAAGCAGCAAGGGACUGAAGAUCAUUCAGACAGUUCAUCCGGGCGUAUCGACGAGGUCUGCGGUGAAGCAUCUUGUGCCAGGUCAUGCAGUUCUUGCUGCUGUGCAACGGGAGGACGUUGUUGCUGCCACUCUUCUUCUUCCCAAUCCAGCUACCAAUAAUCCUGUUCACGUUCACGCCUACAGAUGUGAUUCAGUGGAAACGGCGGAACUUCUGGGUGGUCAAUUAAAAGCUCUUGCAUCACACUCGGACAAUUCGACGAAGGUCAAUGGUACAGACACCAGAGUACGUAGUAAUUUGGGUAGCGAUGGUAGGAGUACACGUGAAUCUGAAUCAUCAGAAGGUAGUGGUGAACACAGACACAUACCUCCACAAACUGCAACUAUAUACGAGUCACUCGCUGCUGAAUUGCGGGCUAAACUAGGUCGAGGUAACGCAGGUGACAACGACGUAGGGCCCAUUCUCCUGCCCCCCCGGGACUACGACACAGUUCACCGACAUCGCGGCAAUUUAGCGGGUAUUGAAUUUCGUCGGUGUUUGAAUCAAACAAUCGUGGGUGGCAAUACAGCAAUUGACAGAGGCGGUACACGAAGUGCAGCGAGCAGCGGUAUCGGCUCUGAUAGUGCAGCAACACCACCUCCUUAUCAGUCACAUCAUCCACUUGGUCCACGACCUUCUCGACCAUCCAGGGACACCUCCUCGGAUGAAGACUGGGGAAAUGCUCCGGAGGAUGCCGAGUACCUCCAGGAAACAACAAAUGUCGUGUUACCGCGUCUUCCAAGGAGUCCAGAGCGUCCAGUGGGUUUGACACGAGGAGUUUCUCCGAAUUCUCACAAUCGUGCCCGAAGGGCUCCAGAACACCGUCAACGGUCUCCAAGUCCUCAGUACCAACCCAAAGUUGAUCCACUCGAAGUGACAAGCCCCCGGGAGAGAUUCCAAGAUGCCAAGGAGAUGUUCAAGGCCAUGGAGAGGGAGAACAUCUCCCGAGGUAUAAUUACAAGGCCCAGAGAUCAAAACGAUAACCACGGAAUGCACAGGGUGGAUCAAUCCAGGUUGAUCCACGAGGAUCGCACGAGUCGUCAUAUAUCCAACAAUUCGUCGUCGACUCCGGUACACCAUGACCAUAUGAUUCGAAGGAGUCAUCCUGAGUUGGAACGUGAAAAAGAACGUGAGAGGAGUGAUUAUAGAAAUAGGCCGAGGGUCAGAGGACAACAUUACUCAUCGGAUCGUCCGGCUGAGCCUGAAGUCACGUCUAGACCUAGACCUAGGAGUUUCUACGAUAAUUCAUCCAGUGGAAGAGAGCCCAGGGAGCAGAGACAUAUGAUUGAUCACAGAGAGAUUCGAGAGGCUCGAGAUCGACAUUCCCGUGACUUACGGGAGAAGCAGAGAAUUCGUCCAGUCUAUCAAGACAUUCCAAGGCACGAGAAAUACCUGGAUCGCGAGACAAGACAGAGUAUGGAGAUUCUGCCAACUCCUGGACGUUAUCGUCAUAGUUAUGCCGAGCCACCGAGACUGGGGCUAGCUGCCCUCGAUCCCUACUGAAUCAUGAAAAACGAAAAAUCCAAUAACAGGUCAAACUAAAAAUUCUGAACAGAAAAAAUGAAAGAAUGAAAAACAAAAAAAAAACACUCGGAGCAAAUUGAAGAAAAUAGAGCAAAAUGGAUAACUAAAACGAAUAGGAAAUGUUUGAAGUCGUAAAGAUGAUAACACGAUGCGAAUUAUUUUAUGCCCCAUUGAUUAAUGGAUUAAUGAAGUAUUUAAUUAACCGGUAUAUCGUUGAAACAUUGAUAUAUCGUCGCUAUAAUCAGCCUGUGCGUCUCGCCACGCCGUUUCAUUAUCGGCUGGUACUUCUUCUUCUUCCGACCUCCUCUUCUUCAUCCUCUCUUUCUCUCAACCUCGACAAAAUCCUUCCCUCUCUAUCUUACUUUACAAUUUUCUUACCAUUUUGUUCUUUAUUAUUUUAUUUAUUUCUCUGUGAAAAUUUUUCUCACUGGUCAGACGAAUAAAAAUGAAAUAAAACGUGAAGAGCUAAAGGCAUGCGAGCCUUUAAACGACCUGUCUACGAUAAAACGUUGUUGAGUCAUGUUGUAAAUUAUGAGUUUAUUUUUUAUUUAGAUGUUUCAUUUUUUUUUUCAAUCAAUAUUUUUAGUGCCUCUGUAUUGUAAUCUUGUGUUUAAGGGGUGUGGAUGAGUGAUAAAAUUUAAUUGAUAAAGAUUUGUUUCUCCAAGAGGUGCGCCAUUUCAUUAAGUUGAUGGAGAUGAUUAGGGGUGGGAUGUGUUUCAUAUCGUGGGAUGAAAUUCUCGCGAGGAUCGAAGUUCAGAAUAUUUUGCUGUUGUUGAUGUUAUAGCUUUUUACAAUUGAAAAUGUUUUGUCAGGUGGUGAUUUCGUACUUGAUUCUAUCGACUUCCUGGUCAUUUAUAAAUUACGAGAAUUUCGUAGAUUUUGUCAAUAUUCUGAAGACCUAGAAA